AUGCCAGAGAAACCGCUGUGGGAAGUUAAGUCGACGAAAACGGUUGCCGAAGCCGAAAUGGAUACGACGGCCCAAUCUGAGGCAAAAACCGACGACGAAUGGAACAAGCUAGGCCCGAGUUCAGCACAGGGCAAUGCAACAGAGAAGCCGCAUUUAAACUCGUUAGGCCAAGAUAUGAAUGCGCCGCGGCCACGCACGCCCGAAAUAAUCCGGCAAAACCUAAUGAUUCGGCCGGACAUUCCAACCGAAGAAGUAUGGGAAACCGACGACGGAGAAGUGAUCGAUCGACGGAGAGCGAAUUAUCGUUCCGUUAAUUUUAUGUACGUGAAACAGAUCAUGGAAUUGAACUUCACGAAGGUCAACGAGAGGCUCACCGAGAUCGAAACGCGCCUUCACCGAGAGCAGGUUCCUGAUGAAGCAGACGAGGGAAGGCCGAUGCCGGAAGCCGAGAGGGCCCUGUUAACCAGGCAACAGGAGGAGUUAAACGACGCAGCGAUGGCGAUCACGCGCGUAUUGGAAGAUCCUGGUUCAAUUGAAGACGCGAUUGAAGGUCUGCAUCAAUUAAUCGAGAUGUCGCGUAUUUACCACUUUGCGCUGGAUGAACACCCGCAACGCGUAUUAAUGAUGCUGCGAACAGAGAACCUGACUAUUGAUGAACGUAGACGUCAGAGAAAUCGCGAACGGAGACACCGCAAUCAAGCGCAUCGCCGAAACGCCGAUAACGUAGACGACGGUAUUGACGUCGAUUAUUUUUCCGAUUCUGAAGAUCGUGGUCCAGGCGAUGCUGCGCCGAAUUUUCAAUUACUAGGCGAACGUUUACUUGAUGAAGCCUAUCAACGGAGAAAUCAACACGAUAACGACGAUCAACCAAUGGGAUAAACAGAGAGAAAAACAGAGAAAAAUUUUUUAUUUGUAAUUUGUCGUUGAAUUGUUCCGAAUAUUCAUGUGUUGAAUCUGUGUUCCUGUUUAUUUGAAUUUUGUGAUUUAUUUGUUCCUGUUAAUUAUAAGCUGUAAAUAUGUUUUUGCGAAAGAUGAGUCGCGCAGGGAGGGAGUGUUAGCCGCCAGGCUGCGCUCCUCAACACAGAGAUACUCCGCCCGUGUAACGCGGCCCUGCCGCGCUACGAGCUACGUACGCUCGUGUAACUAUUCGCACUUGCUGUUUUGUUAUACUACGUGUUAGAUGUGUUCUCCGUAUUAUUCCGAGUAUUGUUUUGUUUGAUGAAGUUAUUAUUGUUUGAAUAAUAUAUUAAUUGAUUAAUUAAUA